AUGAAAGACGCAGAGGAUGAAGAGAAGAGGAUGAAGAGAGAAGAGGAAAGAAGAGCAGAGGACAGAAAGAGAAGAGAGGAAGAAGAGAAGAGGAUGACAGCGACGAGGAUGAACGCGCACGAGGACGAAAGAGAAGAGGAUGAAGAGAAGAGGGCAGCAAAGGACGAGGAUGACGAGAAGAGGAUGAACGAGACAGAGGCGAGGAAGCGAGAAGAGGCUGAAGUGAAGAGAGCAAUGCAAGAGCAGAGGACGACGAGGCGCGGAUGCUGA